AUGGCGAACCCUGUCUUGAAGAUCAUUAUUGUAUUGUUUUGUCUAUUCUGCCCCAACAAUAGCAUGACCAUUACAAAGGCAGCGGCUGGUGGGCUGACCAGUCGUUUGGCAACUUACUCGGCCUCUAGAGGCUUUUCUCUCCACGAAAGCAUAGUGGAUACCAUCGGCAAGACUCCCAUUAUCAAACUGCAGCGAUUGUCACCAAAGCCCGACGUUAAUGUCUACGUCAAAUUGGAGUCCGAGAAUCCUGGAGGAUCCAUCAAAGAUCGCUUGGCCUAUGGGAUCAUUGAAUGGGCCGAGAAACAUGGACACCUCCAGCCCGGCCAGACGGUGAUUGAAGCUAGCAGCGGCAACACUGGAAUCGGCUUGGCGGUCGUUUGUGCCUCCAAGGGUUAUCCCUUGGUGGUCGUCAUGUCGGAAUCAUUCAGCGUGGAGCGUCGCAAAUUGAUGCGAUUCUUUGGCGCCAAGGUCGUGCUGACUAAUCCAGCGCACAAAGCCAGCGGUAUGAUCAUCAAGACCAAAGAGUUGGCCGACAAACAUGGAUACUUUUGGCCCGAUCAGUUUUCCCACGAGGCCAACCAAUGGAUCCACCAGCAAACCACCGGACCGGAAAUUGUGGCUGCCUUUGCCGAAAAGAAAUUGGAUCACUUUGUAUGUGCCUACGGGACGGGUGGCACAGUCGUCGGAACCUCUCGAUACCUGAAAGAACACAUGCCUGCUACAAAGAUUCAUGUGUGCGAACCCAGCAAUGCUCCCAUGUUGUACUCGGGAAUCAAGAGUACCUAUGACGGUGACAGUAGGAUUCCCGAAAAAGCUCAUCCUGUCUGGAGGCCACACUUGUUUCAGGGCUGGGCGACAGAUUUUGUGCCCAGGCUCAUGACGGAUUUGUUGACGGAGUUUCCUGACAUGGACAUCAUGCCAACGAGUGGAUUUGAUGCCAUUGACUGUAGCCGUGAAAUGGCCAAAAAAGAGGGGAUCUUUUCGGGGACCAGUGGUGGUGGCGUG